AUGACAAAGCUGGUGGAGCAGGCCAACCUCCACUUCAUCGCCACCGGGAAGGUCAAAGAGACUGGCCAGAUCAUCGCCACCAUGAGGGUUGUCACCCUACACACCCCCAAACUCUCUGUAGAGGUAUGUCAUAUAAUGCUACAUACCUCAAACUCUCUGUAGAGUUAGGUGAUAUAAUGCUACAUACCUCAAACUCUCUGUAGAGUUAGGUGAUAUAAUGCUACAUACCUCAAACUCUCUGUAGAGUUAGGUCAUAUAAUGCUACAUACCCCAAACUCUCCAUCCAACCAAUAUUCAACCAUUAAAUUAUAUUGGAUUAAAUCAAAUUACAUUCAAUAAAAAAAAAAAUAUAUUAAUCCACGAGGGGGGGGGGGGGGGGGGGGGGGGGGUACAUUUUUGCUGACACUCAUCUGAGGCUGAGAAUUUUUGUCGACCAUGUGAACUGACCAUGUGAUCUGACCUAGUUUGAUGGACUUUUUCCUGGUCUUGUCACCUGGUGGUAACUUUGUGCACAUCGUGGAAAGCACAAAAUGAAUCAAUUUGUACUGUAUAGAAAGUACACUGGAUUUUCCAAAUAUGCUGCAUUUCCCGAUCCUAGCUGGGUCUUCACAGCUAGGGUCAGGACUGUUCUAAACUGUCAUCUGCCUCCCUGUAGGUGUCUGGUCUGGCCAAGGUGAGUGAGGAGAUGAUGGUCACCGUGGAGUUCACCAACCCAUUCAAGUUUAACCUGGAGGAUGUGUAUGUUCGUGUGGAGGGGCCAGGAGUCAUGUCACCCAAGUAUAAAAAUUACAGGUGUGUGUGUGUGUGUGUGUGUGUGUGUGUGUGUGUGUGUGUGUGUGCACUCAUGUACUGUCUGUAUGUUUCUAUUCCAGUCUGAUCACGGCAGGCUCGUCCCUGACGUGGACGGAGGGUUUCACCCCCCGUAGGGAGGGGCCCACUAGGCUGAUGGCCAGUCUGGACUGUGCUGCCCUCAGACAGGUGUACGGACAGGCCCAGCUCACCGUCAAACCCUGA